AUGGAAAGCUGGGACUUUCUGGGGUUCCUCAUCGUCACCCUAAACUGCAACGUGACCAUUGUGGGAAAGAUCUGGCUUAUCCUGAUGGUAUUGCUGAGGAUGGCGGUGAUCAUCUUGGCCGGGUACCCCAUCUACCAGGACGAGCAGGAGAGGUUUGUCUGCAAUACUCUGCAGCCCGGAUGCGCCAACGUUUGCUACGACAUCUUCUCCCCCGUGUCGCACCUGCGGUUCUGGGUGAUCCAGAGCGUGUCUGUCCUGCUCCCCUACGCCGUGUUCAGCGUCUACGUCGUCCACCAAGGAGCAGUGCUCGCCGCGCGGGGACCCUGCGGGUCGGAUGGAGCGUCCGGGGACCUGGACGCCUGCGACCCGGGCCCUGGGACGAGGCGCUGCCCAGGGCCCUGCAGGGAGCGGUGCCACCUGAGCGUGCCGGACUUCUCCUCCGGCUACAUCGUCCACCUGCUCCUGCGGACCCUGCUGGAGGCAGCUUUUGGGGCUCUGCAUUACCUCCUCUUUGGAUUCUUGGUCCCAAAGAGAUUCUCUUGCACCCGCUCCCCUUGCACCAGCGUGGUGGAUUGUUACGUGUCUCGGCCCACGGAAAAAUCCAUCAUGAUGCUCUUCAUCUGGGCGGUCAGCGCGCUGUCCUUCCUGCUCGGUGUCGCCGACCUGGUGUGGAGCGUGCGGCGCAGGACGCGCAGGGGCCGAGGCCCCAGCCAGGGGGCGAAGGGCCCCUCGGUCAGGGAGGAGUGUGGAGCCGGGUCACUUCCUCCCAGCCAGGCUUCGGGAGGCCAGCAGGGCGGGUGGGAGGAAGAGGGGACGCCCGCUCGCCCUGGCACGUGGUCCCCAGGGAAGGGUGCCAACGGUGAACCUGGCGCAUCGGGGCGGAUGCAGCUUCCAGAUGAAGACGAGAAUGAGGUGAUGUCCUCAGCCAGCGACAAGCUGUCCGUGGCUUGCAAAGAGCCCGGGGGCACACCCCACAGACAGGCCACCCAGGACCCCAGGGGCAAAGGCUCUGUCGCCGGGAGUGGCUUGGGCGGGCGCUACUCAUGCAGCCAGCUCCAGCUCCCCGCCCGGCUGGCCACCUCUGGCAGUGCCCCCCAUCUGAGGACCAAAAAAUCCGAGUGGGUGUGA